AUGGCGGAGCGCGGAGGGGCAGGCGGUGGUCCCGGAGGCUCUGGGGGCGGCAGCGGCCAGCGGGGCUCUGGGGUCGCCCCGUCCCCGCAGCAGCCGCCGACGCCGCAGCAGCAGCCGCAGCAGCAGCCGACGCCCCCCAAACUGGCCCAGGCCACCACGUCGUCCUCGUCCACCUCGGCGGCGGCCGCCUCCUCGUCGUCCUCGUCCACCUCCACCUCCAUGGCCGUCGCGGUGGCUUCGGGCUCCGCGCCUCCCGGCGGCCCGGGGCCAGGCCGCACCCCCGCCCCGGUGCAGAUGAACCUGUACGCCACCUGGGAGGUGGACCGGAGUUCGGCCAGCUGUGUGCCCAGGCUGUUCAGUUUGACUCUGAAGAAACUCGUCAUGCUCAAGGAAAUGGACAAGGACCUUAACUCAGUGGUCAUCGCCGUGAAGCUGCAGGGUUCCAAAAGAAUUCUUCGCUCCAACGAGAUCAUCCUUCCAGCUAGUGGCCUGGUGGAAACCGAGCUCCAGUUAACCUUUUCCCUGCAGUACCCUCAUUUCCUUAAGCGAGACGCCAACAAGCUGCAGAUUAUGUUGCAAAGGAGAAAGCGGUACAAGAACCGGACCAUCCUGGGCUAUAAAACGCUGGCUGUGGGGCUCAUCAACAUGGCUGAGAAUCACCGCACAGAUCCUCCCCGUAAGCCUGUCUUACUGUGGCAUCUAUCCCCAGAUCGCUCUCCUGAUAUUGACAACUAUUCUGAGGAGGAGGAGGAGAGCUUCUCAUCAGAACAGGAAGGCAGCGAUGACCCCCUGCACGGGCAGGAUCUGUUCUAUGAAGAUGAGGAUCUCCGGAAGGUGAAGAAGACCCGGAGAAAACUCACCUCCGGCUCCGCCAUCACACGGCAACCUAACAUCAAACAGAAAUUUGUGGCCCUCCUGAAGCGGUUUAAAGUCUCAGACGAGGUGGGCUUCGGGCUGGAGCACGUGUCGCGGGAGCAGAUCCGGGAGGUGGAGGAGGACCUGGACGAGCUGUACGACAGCCUGGAGAUGUACAACCCAAGCGACAGCGGCCCCGAGAUGGAGGAGACCGAGAGCGUGCUGAGCACCCCGAAGCCCAAGCUCAAGUGAGGGCGGCCCCCACCUUGGUUUGAACCCACCAGCCACUCUGCAGGAGAAACUGCUGUUGGCAUCUUGUCUGACAGGGGCAGCCUGCUUUGUGAUUCUCCUUCAUCAAUGGAAUUGGCUGCUCUAGAAAAAGUCAAAUCUACUUGGAUUAAAAACACUGAUGACGGCUCGGCUGAAGCAGACACUCUGGAGAUUGCUGACCAGGACAUGUUUGGAGCUGGCAGCACCAGUCUGGUUGUGCCAGAGAAAGUCACAACCCCCUUGAAGUCCAGUAAGCCCGACCUCCAGGGCUCUGCCUCCCCCAGCAAAGUGGAUCCGGUCCACACACCCCGGCAGAAAAGGAGCACACCCCUGAAGGAGCGGCAGCUUUCCAAGCCCCUGAGUGAGAGGACCAACAGCUCUGACAGCGAGCGCUCACCCGACCUGGGCCACAGCACACAGAUCCCCAGGAAGGUGGUAUAUGACCAGCUCAAUCAGAUCCUGGUGUCAGAUGCCGCCCUCCCAGAGAAUGUCAUCCUCGUGAACACAGCUGACUGGCAGGGCCAGUAUGUGGCAGAGCUGCUCCAGGACCAGCGGAAGCCUGUCGUGUGCACCUGCUCCACCGUGGAGGUCCAAGCCGUGCUGUCUGCCCUGCUCACCCGCAUCCAGCGCUACUGCAACUGCAACUCGUCCAUGCCACGGCCGGUGAAGGUGGCCGCGGUGGGAGGCCAGAGCUACCUGAGUUCCAUCCUCCGCUUCUUCGUCAAGUCGCUGGCCAGCAAGACGUCCGACUGGCUCAGCUACAUGCGCUUUCUCAUCGUCCCCCUCGGUUCCCACCCCGUGGCCAAAUACCUGGGCUCUAUUGACAGUAGAUACAGCAGUAUCUUCCUUGAUUCCAGCUGGAGAGACCUGUUCAGUCGCUCAGAGCCCCCUGUGGCAGAGCAACUGGACGUGGUGGGCCGGGUGAUGCAGUACGUCAACGGGGCGAGCGCAACACACCAGCUGCCCGUGGCCGAAGCCAUGCUGACCUGCAGGCACAAGUUCCCUGACGAAGACUCCUAUCAGAAGUUUAUCCCCUUCAUUGGCGUGGUGAAGGUGGGUCUGGUGGAAGACUCGCCUUCGGUGACAGGCGAUGGGGAUGACGCACCCGUGGUCAGCCUGACUGUGCCCUCCACGUCACCACCCUCCAGCUCAGGCCUGAGCCGAGAUGCCACAGCCACCCCUCCCUCUUCCCCGUCCAUGAGCAGUGCCCUCGCUGUCAUGGGGAGCCCCAACAGCCCAUACGGGGAUGUGAUUGGCCUCCAGGUGGACUACUGGCUGGGCCAUCCCGGCGAGCGAAGGCGAGACGGCGACAGGAGGGACGCAAGCUCCAAGAACACCCUCAAGAGUGUCUUCCUCUCGGUGCAGGUGUCCCGCCUGCCCCAUGGCGGCGAGGCCCAGCUUUCUGGCACCAUGGCCAUGACAGUGGUCACCAAAGAGAAGAACAAGAAAGUUCCCACCAUUUUCCUGAGCAAGAAGCCUCGCGAGAAGGAGGUGGAUUCCAAGAGCCAGGUCAUCGAGGGCAUCAGCCGCCUCAUCUGCUCUGCGAAGCAACAGCAGACCAUGCUGAGAGUGUCCAUCGAUGGAGUCGAGUGGAGUGACAUCAAGUUCUUCCAGCUGGCAGCGCAGUGGCCCACCCACGUCAAGCACUUCCCAGUGGGACUGUUCAGUGGCAGCAAGGCCACCUGA